AUGUGCCAGGUGGAGUUUGAACUGGCCUGUGCUGCUGUUAAGCAGCUGAAGACGCCCCUAAGUGACCAGGAGAAACUGUCCGUGUACAGCUUAUAUAAACAGGCCACCCAGGGGGACUGUAACAUCCCUGCUCCUCCCAGCACCGAUGUCAGAGCUACAGCAAAGUGGGAGGCCUGGACCAAGAACAAAGGAAUGUCCAAGAUAGAUGCCAUGAGGCUGUAUGUUGCCAAAGUGGAAGAACUGAAGAAAAACGACACUGGCUAGGGCAGCCAAACCGCCCCAAAGUGGCGGAGCAGCAUGGAUUCCCUGGGUGGGAAAGAGGGUUUUGAAGACCUUCAGGGUGCAAUGCCUUGAAAGCAGGGCUGGGACCUAAAUAAAUAACUUAGUGCAAGCAGUUUUGCCAGCUGUUGGGAGUGCUCUAGCCCCGGCGACUGAGAUUGCUUCUGGGGAGGUGCCCCAAACAUCUAAGAGCCUCUCUGCACCAGGAAAAGCACACAGUGUGGUUCUGGAGAGUGCCUAACCUUAUUCCCCAAGCAUGUUUGGCAGAAACAGAAGCAGAAGCAGAAGCGGGGAUCGUUCUAUAUAAAAGGCGCAAGGUUUGAGAUCAGUGAGGAGAUUCUCCAGUCUCAGCCUUUUACGGGAGGGGCGGCCAAGAUACUUGAUCCCUUCAAGGAGUUGCCAAUUCACCCCUCCCUCCCAUAUGAUGGAGGGGAAAGAGGCUUUGGCUCUCAUAAAAUAUUAAGUCCUACCACCAAAAGUCCCUGCUAGAACACAGACCUUGUGAAGUUUGUGUUUGGCCAGCAGCCAGCUUGAAUGAAGUAAUGGAUAGAAUUGAUGCAUCACCACAGCAGCAGCUAAGAAACAGGAGCAGAUGCUUGGGAAAACCCCAACCUCUGGAAAAAACU